UUCUUGGGUGACACGCUUUAUGUAGGAAGUGUGAUUGGGGCAGUGGUGCUCUCGAUUGGAUUCUACGCUGUGAUGUGGGGGAAAGCUCAUGAGGAUGAUUGCUGCAGCCAGCAGCAGGACACUGAUCAGUCCACAGAGAAAGCUCCUCUGUUGCAGAAUUGCAGAAGGAAUGCACAAGUUUAAGCUGCUGACAUCAUUUAAG